GUGGGUGAAGUCGAAAGCGAGGUGGUGGUCGAAGACCAAGAUGUAAACCAGGAAAACAUGGUGUUCGUGCUGUUGAUCACGAAGAGACGAAAGUGCAAAGAGAUAUCAAAUGAUAUUCCAACUGCGCAGGACGCAGGCGAGGCAGUGGCAGCGGCCACAAAGCAAGCCUCAGAUAGUGUGCCAUCCACGUCCACCAUUGGGUCAUCAUUCGGCCACUACAGCCCUGGAGAGCUAACGCCAUUCCUCGGUCCAAACACCAAGGCCAAGGCGAAGGACACCAAUGAUAGAACCUGCAUCGGAUGCACUGAAGCCUUUGAAAAGGCCGAACAACGAGCACAAGAGCGUGAAAAGAAAAAGAUUGCUCAACCAUGGGUUCAACGCAAGCCCUAUUUGGCUGGAGUAGUUAUACAUUUUUGGGGGUUAUUCUCCGACGAUGCUGGCAAAGAGCCCCAGAUGCGCUCGUAG